CUUGUCAAGGAUAUAUUCGCACUCACAUCAAAUUACCUACUAUUGUUGAUUAGAUAUUCUUCUUUUACCAUACACCGGCUGUUAGUCUCCCAAGGACUCUGUAUAAGUUUACCUUGCGAUUCUUUGGCAACCCUCGAGAUUUGUAUCUCGCCCUUCGCCUUCAGAAUGGGCAAAAUGAAGGCUGGGCGCAGCACGCGCCGACACACGCCCCUCCCCAAUACUUCAACACGUUCUUCAAACCGCAUUGCUGCGAAGAAGCAGACCAAGGGAACGAAGCAAGCUGGGUCGAGCCAGGAGAAAGUUCCAUCUGCUCCUCAUGAGCCAACUUCUUCUCAGGAAACUCUAAAGAACUCGACUGAUUCAUCCAACCAAAACAACUUCAGUAGCUUCAGCAGCUAUAACACUAAUGACAGCCACUCAGCUGAGCAGGUCGAGGGAACUCUAACCCUCGCUCACCGUAAUCCUCAGGUCCAUGGAACCGGUGUUACAUCCUCAAAUCCUUCCAACAACACAGUUGGAUCAGACACACCCCAGCUGACAGCUGGCGACGUCGCUCUAGAAAUCUACGGCAGCAGAAUACUGAUCGACAGCACUCUCGGUAAAAAGCUAGCCGGCGAAGCAUCACUACGACCUAUCCGGCAACGUCGCUCUGACAUGGUUCUGAAUAUGGAGCGCCGCAGCAAUGUCGAAGCCUUCUUGGCUCAUCUCACUGGAGUCCAGGUCAGCCGUUCUUGCAAGAAUUGCUCCAAAGGACACGGUCCCUGGUCUGAAUGUAUCAUCUAUGAUGGCCAGAUGUGUGGUAGCUGCACAAAUUGCUGGUUCAAUGCCAGUGGCUCUCGAUGCACUUUUCACGAGAAUAACCAAAACUCCAUCUAUGCCCCGGCACCAUUGUAUCAUCCUCAAUCCGCGGGGAUGCCAACUCAGCCUUUUCAAUACGCCCAGCUCAAUCCCCAGGCGCUUCCCCAGGGCAUCCUCCCUAUGAACCGAGAAGCUACCGCGUCCCUCUACGUGGCACCUCAAAUGCGUCCCGCCAACAACAUGAUCGGCAAUGUUGUCUCAAAUGUCGCUGCUAUGAGCCAAGGAGAACGAAAGUUUGCACAAGUAGAAAGGGCUGCCGAGGAGCUUGGUAUUCGCCUUGCGGAACUCCACGAGUUCCUUGCCACCCCCGAGGGUAAUGCUUUCGUGACCCAGCUUUCUGGGAUGGCUGCUCCCCAGCAAAUCUCUUCUGGGGACGAUCAAUCCCAGGAGCCACUCUCCCAAGAGCCUUCUUCACAGAACAAUGCCCACCAGGAGCACGCUUCCCAAGAUACUUCUUCCCAUGAACCUUCCUCUCAGGAGCAGUCUGCUCAGCAAACCUCGUCACAGGAAGGCUUUUCUCAGGGAAACAUCGAAGCACAUCCUAUGGCAUUCGCUCUCUUAAACACUCCGCCAUAUGAGAACUGA